AUAAGAUCAAGUUUGAUACGCGGCGGGGAUAAAUAUCAAACCGCGGGCGUAUAUAAUAGCAAUUUUCGUCCAGGUAGGCGCCAUAAGUGGUUAUUGUCGCGUGCGUACCCUAAAAUUGACCAUUAUGACGCGAGUCCUGACGCUCCUGCUGACGUACGCACUAGCAUGGGUCCACGGAGGUCACCUUUCCGGCUUGCCCGUUACCGAUAUUAAGACCGGGUUUUUCUACAGCACCGUGGAGGAACCCUUGGUGCUGUCUUACCCUCAGCUGAUAGCUGGUGCGUCUUACUACCAACAGCUAGUGCUGGUUCCUCAGCAGCUACCGGCCGGGUUGGGGAUACCUGCAGCUCCCCAGCCCGCUGCUCAUCCGGGCGAGGCGCCCUCGGCGACGAUCCCCCAGGCGCCUGGUGCGCCUCAGACGACGCCGCCGCCGAGCCCGGAGGUUGGGACUUCGGCGGACAGCGACACCGUCGCCGUCGAGGCCGCCCAAUAA